GCCACUGGAUUCCUGGAGGAAAGGCUGCAGAAUGUCAGGAAGCGGCUGAGAUCAACCAGCAAGUCGCGGAGCAUGGCACAGACGACACCAGCACAAAUGCCAAAUGAUGGCGCUCUUGCCAGGGCUCUCAUACCAGAAUGUACCAUAUCAGAUGAAUGUGUGUCACAGUUUAAAGAAUGGUUGAGAAAAAAUUCUCAGCCCCUCCGCCAGAUAGAGACCUACAUGCAGAACACGGCAGUCUACAGGGCCAAGUGGAUUAGGGACAACAAUUGGACCAUCGAUCAGAUCCUCGAAGAGUUCCCUCGCUUAAUGACCAAAGGCAUGGUAGGUAUAGGGAAAUAUGAGAUUGCACAGGACUUUCUUGUCCUAUAUGGGGAUGCUGCAUCAAAGUUGUUUGAAACUUGGCUACCCAUUUAUGCUGAGAAGAUCCUGUACCUGGCAAGACAGGAGGGGAAGCUAACAUUGCCCCUGGAUGGAUUAACACCAGAUGGUGUUGGGGAACUCGCCCUGAGACAGUUGCCAGCCUUGCUUCCACCUACAACUUACAAAGUUGGCCGUGGCCGCGGUGUGAAAGUAGUUCGCCACACCAUUCAGGAAUGCAGCUUUGCCUUCAUCGACCAUAAGCCUCCUGGAAUAAACAUGGUGGAGUACCAUGAGGCCAAGGCAUGCAAGCCAUACCCCCACAUCCUGACACUGGGAAAUGAUCAGAGUGCAUUUCAGGCCUUCGUCAUAAUAGCUGGACAGGCCCUGGAACAAGAAACACUGCUUCAGGCCAUUGAUGUCUGCUUCAAGGCAUUCUUCAUCUUUGUGCCCAUUGUGAACAUGUGUGGGAAUUCAUACAGAAUGUGAUAUAUGAACUCCCAGGAGGGGAGUCUGAAAUGGUUAAGUUUAUUAAAACUAGAAUACUCGCUUGCAAGUAGAGCUAAUGGCUCUUAAAAGCAGCAUUUAGGAAUUUGAAUUUGUUCAAUAUAGAGCUGCUGACUUUUGGCCUGUGGAAUGUUCAGCCAGUUCAAUCGAAAUUGUUGUUUUGCUCUGAAUGUUUUCCAACCUGAGUGAACUGCACCAGUUCCACUAUAUUGUCGAUAUUAAUGUAAUACAUUUUUUCAAAGAU